AUGUCAUUUGCCUCAAAAAGUCUUAUUAGAGAGGCAGUGAAGUCAUUUGCAAUGGAAAAGAUAAAAAACCUACAUAUCAUGAAAAACGAUAGGAAACGAGUUGUUGUUAGGUGUGAUAAGGACUGUCCCUUUUACAUGAGAUUUAGUAAAAGGGUAGCGAACGAAUACUGGAAGUUGGUGAGCAUGACUGAUGAUCACACUUGUCAUAGGACUGCUAAGAAUAGGCAAGCUACAACAGAAUGGUUGGCUAAGAAAUUUAUACCACUCUUGAGACAUACACCUGAAAUGAGGCCAAAGGGGUUGGUUGCAGAGUCACUUGAAAAGUGGAGUGUGAAGUUGUCGUCGGCACAAGCAUAUAGGGCCAAAAUAAGAGCAUUGGAACUAAUACAUGGUGCUGAGACUGAGCAAUACGCAUAUUUGAGAAAUUUUGCCGAGGAGCUCAGAAGGUCUAAUCCUAAUACCACUGUCAUAAUCAAGUGUGGUAUGUCUGAUGUUGGACCUGUUUUUGAGAGGAUAUACAUAUGUCUGGAGGCCUGUAAAGCAGCAUUCGCAUAUACCUGCAGGCCUUUGAUUGGUCUUGAUGCAUGUUUUUUGAAGGGUGAGUACGGUGGUCAGCUAAUGGCGGCAGUGGGAAUGGACGGGAACAAUCAGAUUUAUCCAAUUGCUUAUGCUGUGGGCUUGGUACCGGCUAUUGCUGAGUUGGGGCCGAAUGUAGAACACAGGUUGUGUGUUAAGCACUUGUACGGAAACUGGAAGAAGAGGUACCCUGGCACACGUAUGAAAGAGUUACUAUGGCAAGCAGCUAGGGCAACCAUAGUUCCAGAUUGGGAAAGAGCCAUGAAAAAAAUUGAACUUAUCGAUCCAGCUGCUUGUAAAGACAUGAAGGACAUUCCGGCUGCCAUGUGGAGUAGGUCUGCAUUCCGCACUUAUAGUCAUUGUGAUUUGCAGAGACAAGCCCAUCAUCACUUUACUCGAAGGUAUAAAGCAUUACAUUACAACAAGGAUAGUGAAGCAGAAAAAUCUCAUUAUACUCGAUUCAGAGGCAAUAUUUGUCCUAGGGUGGAACAAACUAUUGAAAGAUUGAAGAGGGAAGCUGGUGGUUGGACACCAACAUGGCACGGAGAUGAUGCUUUCAAUAUCUUUAGUGUGACCAAUGGUACGGACACUUACGAGGUGAACUCACAACUACAUCACUGCGCUUGCCGUAAAUGGGCUCUAAGCGGCAUUCCAUGUGUUCACGCCAUUGGUUGUAUUUUACACAAAAAGGCUGACACAUUUCCUUUUGUCUCACAGUAUUAUAGAUAUACUGAAUUCACCAACUUGCUGAAUUCUUGCUUAAUUCUUGCUGAACUGAAAUUCUGA